GCCCUCCCCCCACUACUUGAUCGUCAAGCCGUACCAUUUGGCGCAGUUUCCAGCCAUAUCAGCAGAACAAAGGCCGUUCAGUUAUUUAUUUCUUCAUUUCACACAUUUCUUCAUAAAAAAAAAAACACGAUGAGUUCCAUCAACGUGAAAAAGCUGAAAGUCAACGAGCUGAAGGACGAACUGAAAAAGCGUAAUCUCUCCGACAAGGGGUUGAAGGCCGACCUGAUGGACCGCCUGCAGGCCGCCUUGGACGAGGAGGCCGCGGCCGCCAGUGACUCGCUCGAACAGGAGGCUGCGGAGGAUGAAGGCUUCGAGCAGGCCGCCGACCAAGAAUGCAUGGGGGAAGAGGAAGAAGGCGAGGGUGAGGGCCCGGUGGAAGAAAGCAUGGAGGCGAACGACGUGGAAGGCGAGGGGGAACAAAACGGUGGCGGCGGCGGCGGGAGCGACGACGUCGUUGCUGAAGAUGAGGAGAUGGGCGACGGGGAGGACGACGACGAAAUGGACCCCAUGCUCAAAGCCGAUGUCGACGACAUGGAGAAAAUAGACGCUGACGACGGUGAGCCGGAGGAGCAGUCCACUGAAGGGGAUGCGGACAAAGACACGAAUGCUGAUCAGAAGAAUAAGAAGGGUGUUAAGAGACGCCGGGAGGAACAUGGAAGGGGCUACUUUGAAUUUAUUGAAGAGAACAAAUACAGCUGGGCAUCAUUUAAGUCUCCCGUGCCACCUUUGGAGGAAGAAGAUGAAGAGUUUGAUGAUACUAAAGUCUGCCUGGACAACUACAACUGUGACCUGCACUUUAAAGUGUCACGAGACCGCUACAGUGCCUCAUCACUCACAAUGGAGAGUUUUGCUUACCUCUGGUCCGGCGGCAAGGCCACAUAUGGAGUGAACAAAGGCAAAGCCUGCUUUGAAAUGAAGAUCACAGAAAAGAUUCCAGUGAAGCACAUUUCCAGCAAGAACAUGGAAAUCCACGAUGUACAGGUUGGCUGGUCUCUCUCUGCGGCAUCACUGCUGCUCGGUGAAAGCAUUCAUUCCUAUGCAUACUCUGGGAAGGCAAAGAAGACCACAAACUCCAUGACAGAGGACUUUGGCGAAACCUUUGAUGAGAAUGAUGUCAUCUGCUGCCUUGCUGACUUUGAAGGGGAGGAAGUGGUUCUGUCCUUCUGCAAGAACGGCGGGGAGCCAGCAGAAGCCUUCCGCGUGAGCAAAGACGAGCUCAACGGCCAGGCUCUGUUCCCUCACGUCAUGUGCCACAACUGCGCCGUGGAGUUCAACUUCGGACAGAUGGAGACCCCGUAUUUCCCCCCGUCCCCGGGAUACGAUUUCCUGCAGCAGAUUCCGGUUGAUGACCGCUUGCGUGGACCACUCGGGCCGCAGACCAAGGCGGACUGUGAGAUCUUGGUGAUGGUUGGCCUGCCAGGGUCAGGCAAGACUACGUGGGUGAAGAAGCACGUCCAGGAGAAUCCCGGCAAAUACUACAUCCUGGGCAGUGACACGAUCGCAGAAAAAAUGAUGCUCAGCAGCCUGAACCGCCAAUCAAAAGAAUUCACAAAGCUGACAGCCAUUUCUCAGCGUGCGCCACUUUUCUUGGGGAAGUUCAUUGAGAUUGCCGCCCGUAAGAAGAGAAAUUACAUCUUGGAUCAUACAAAUCUGUCUGCCCCCGGCCAGAAGAGGAAGAUGUGCUUGUUUGCGGGCUUCCAGCGCAAAGCAGUGGUGGUGGUCCCUUCCGACGACGACUAUAAGGAGAGGGUCCAAAAGAAAGUUGAAAGUGACGGCAAGGAAGUUCCUGAAAAUGCUCUUCUAAAAAUGAAAGGGUUUUAUUGUCUACCUGAGGAGGGCGAGAGCUUCCACGAGGUGGUCUUUGCCGAGCUGCAGAAAGAUGACGCAGUCAAGGUACUGGAGCAGUACAAAGAGGAAAGCAAGUCAGCCCUGCCUGCUGAGAAGAGGCCCAACCAGGGAAGUUCUACACCCAAACGAGGCGGGGGUGCCCGUGGAGGUGGCGGCGGCGGUGGCGGCCGCGGAGGCAAGAACCAAUUUGGGCGCGGCAGCGGGCCCGUUCAGAGAGGCGGAAACCGUGGAGGCUUCCAGAGCAGAGGCAACUUCAGAGGAGGACCCGGCCCCCGUGGUGGCUUCAACCGCCCCCCUCGUGGCUUCCUGCCGCCCCCAGCCUUCAGAGGCGGCUUCCCCAACCGCGGUAACUAUAACCGUAGCGGCGGUCCGAUUCCCAGCCUCAGCGGAUCCCCCAGAGGCGGACCAAUCAGGGGCAACAUGGGACCCAGAGGCGGGCACAUGAACAGAGGCGGCGGUCACAUGGCCAGAGGGAACAUGGGCGGCAGGGGUGGAGCCGGCAUGAGUCGUGGUGGCAAUAGAGGACAUCACAACCAGUUUCAGCAGAGAGGCGGCGGCGGCCGUGGCAACUACAACAACAAGAAUGGGAAUUUUGGCAACAGGAACAGCGGCAAUUUUGGCAACAGGAACGGCAUGGACAAAGCCCAAGCCUUCAACCAGAGCUGGCAACAAGGGUUCUGGAACCAGAAGCCAUGGAGCCAACAGUACCAGCCCGGAUAUUACUAACUAACACUACACUUUCUCUGACGGGACUGCUGGCCACACUGAAAACCACUCUAGCCACGGACCAAUCCUCCUUCCUUGCCUCCUUUUCGCUGUCUUUUUUUUUUUUUCUU